AUGAAGCCAUUUUUGGUAGUAAUAUUUUUGGUAACAUUCCAUGUUACUGCAUUUGGGGUUAAGAUGCGUUUCACGAAUCUGAAAUGUGAAAAUUUACGUCCUGAUUUUUCGGUCUUCAAGGAAUGCCGUCUUACAGUGGUGAAGCGUGAUAUUAUUUCGUUGAACUUCAAUGUAAAAUUAUUAAAGCCGCCGGUAACAAAUGUAACGGUAAUUUUAUCGUUUUUCAAAAAAUACAGUGGUUAUCGACCAUAUAUAUACAAUUUAACCGUUGAUUUUUGUAAAUUCAUGAAGAAUACUAGUCGCUAUCCGUACGCUAAACUAUUUCUGGAUGCCAUACUCAAGGAUUCGAAUGUAAAUCACACUUGUCCUUUUGAUCACAAUAUAAUUGUGAAAGACUUAAUAUUGGAUGAAAGUAAAUUUAAAUAUUUCCCAAUUCCAAGCGGUGAUUAUAUGCUUCGGAUAAAAAUAGCAGCCUAUAAUGAUUGGAAAGGCGAUAUUAAAGUUUAUUAUAGUAUAUUGGCAGAUUUGUGA